CGAUGCAUCCCUCUCCCGAGUACCGACCCCCGCGACCAGCACCUCCUGCUUUCCCCCUUCUUCGUUCAUCGCAAUGCCACAUUUACCUGAGCCUAAAGGUCCAUACGCUGUCGGAGCGACGACCUUUCUACGUCCUAUCCGACCAUCGCUGGCGUUAGGAACAUCGAAAGUGAAGAAACCGAAGCACUCGAAUGAACCGGCACACGACGAGCUCGAGCACACAUUGCAGCUCGAGGAAGUCGCCUUUACUGCGUUCUAUCCGGCUGACUUGGACGGGAAUGGUCACUCGCAUCAAAGGAGUAGCUGGUUUGGAAGGGGGUACAAGGGGCCGAGUAAAGGCGUAGAUUGGGUGAUCAAACCCGUAGACGAGACAAUUAAGGGUUACGAACAUUUCGGAGGACAGUCGUACCCAGGUUGGUUAGGCACAGCCAUUAGACCACUCAUCGCGUUUUUCGGCUCGACCAUAAAGAUUCCAGCUUACAGCAAUGCAGCACCCCUCGCCCCAUCUCAAGCUACCGAUAAAUGGCCCCUUCUCAUCUUCUCGCACGGCCUAGCCGGCUCCCGGACAACAUACUCCCACCUCUGCGCGCACCUCGCUGCUCAAGGGCGCGUCGUCCUCGCGCUCGAGCACCGCGACGGUACGGGUCCCGCGGUAUUCCCCCGCGGCGCGGAUGGGCAGCCCAAGAGCCUCUACUACGUCAACCCCGGCUCCGUGCACUGGCCGGAUAGCAAGGGGAACUACGCGUCCGUUGAGAACUCCUCGUACAACUCUGAGCAAGCCAUGAAGCUCCGGCAGGAGCAGUUGGAUUUCAGGAGGAGGGAGGUGUACGAGGCGGUGGAGGCGUUCAAGCGGAUGGUGGGCGGUAAUGAGGAUCGGGGCGGGGUAGAAGUGGCGGAUGCAGCUGAGAUAGAUUGGAGUAAGUGGAAUGGGAAGAUCGACUUUGAACACAUCGACCUCGUCGGGCACUCCUUCGGGGGAGCUACAGUCUUUUCCAUCCUUUCAAACCCUCCCGCGCCCCUCCCCCACUCACCUGACCGCACCUACCCUGAACUACCCGUGCGCAAAGUGCUUGCGCUAGACCCAUGGAUGGAGCCCUUCCCCUCGCCCGGGCCCGCUCCCCGCUCAUCCGCCGAGCUGCUCGUGAUCAAUUCGGAGGCAUUCACGCUCUGGAACUCGCACUUCGCGAACCUGCAGAACGCGGUGCGGCGCUUCCAGCCGGGGCAGCUCGUCACGCUCGUCGACGCGCAGCACAUCUCGUUCUCGGACUUCCCGUUGCUCGUGCCGACGCGGUUCCUCGGCGGCGUGGAUCCGCGGAAGAUGCUGGGUGUGGUGUGUACGAUUGCGGAUGCGUUCAUGGGCGGCAAGCUGAAAGUGGAGGACGAGGCGGGCAUCAGGAUACUGGAGAAGGAGGGGGUGAAGGUAAGGGAGAUGGAGGUAGUAGAGAAGGAGGAGAAGGGGAAGAAGAAGCGUAAACUGAUGGGCGAUCCUGGUGAUGUGAUCAUUCAUCCGAUUGCGAGCGACUCACCGAAUAUGCGCCUAUGAUGGCCCUCCUCUUUGAUUGCCAACGAGGGGAGGACCCUGUCCUGCCCAUGACUGAACGCACGUCUUUUAUGUGGAAACGCAGCACAGCGAACUUGUAGACCUCAAAUCACGGACCUCAGCCAAGUAUAGAUUGCAUACUGUAUCUUAUUCA